UGUCAUUUGCUCUGUGUUUUUUUGGUUUCAAACAGUCAUUACUGUGGAGAAACAGCAUCUCCUUUUAGGUAAUUAGUUAGUUUUUCUGUUGACUUUUCAUCCCUCCAUUGCUUCGAGGUUGCUUUUGCCACCAUGUGGGAGUUCAGGUCCAUGUCCUUCUGGCGGGCUGUGUUCGCUGAGUUCUACGGCACCAUGUUCUUUGUGUUCUUUGGGCUGGGGGCGGCCCUCCGCUGGACCACCGGGCCCCAUAAUGUUCUUCAUGUUGCCUUCUGCUUUGGGCUGGCGGCCGCCACCCUCAUCCAGUCCAUCGGCCACAUCAGUGGAGGACACAUCAACCCGGCUGUGACCUUCGCCUACCUGAUCGGCUCCCAGAUGUCCCUGUUCCGUGCUUUCUUCUACAUCAUGGCCCAAUGUCUCGGAGCGCUGGCUGGUGCUGCCGUGCUCUACGGGGUCACACCCGGCAACAUGAGGGGAAACCUCGCACUCAACACGCUUCAGCCCGGAAUCAGCCUGGGCAUGGCCACCACCAUGGAGGUCUUCCUCACCCUGCAGCUUGUCGUUUGCAUCUUCGCCGUGACUGAUGAGAGGCGCAACGGACGCCUGGGCUCUGCUGCCCUGGCCAUUGGCUUCUCUGUGCUCAUGGGGCAUCUUCUCGGGAUGUACUACACUGGAGCAGGAAUGAACCCAGCAAGGUCCUUCGCCCCGGCUGUCCUGGUCAGGAAUUUUGUCAACCACUGGGUGUACUGGGUGGGACCCAUGAUCGGUGGCGCCAUGGGUGCUCUGCUGUACGACUUCAUGCUGUUCCCCCGUGUGCGCGGCCUCUCCGAGAGGCUCGCCACACUGAAGGGCACCCGGCCCCCAGAGGCCGAGGGCCAGCAGGAGACCCGGGGAGAGCCCAUCGAGCUCAAGACACAGGCCCUAUAAGCCUCAAGAAGAAGAUUUCAGAAGCUUUCUGACCCCCCCAUCCCUCACCCCUCAAUCUGCACCCUCAGUUCCCAGUCCAUCCUCGGUCCACUCGGCAUAUUUGCGCACAUACCUCCUCCCCCACCUCCACACACACGCUAACACAGAUCCCAUUCACCCUCAUCCAGAACUGGACCUAUUGAAUCACAGUGAAGGGGAACC